AUGUCCACGACGGUUGCUGUCUCUCUCGCCCCGGAAUGCGCGAUAGAAGUGGCAUGCCACAUCCCCGAUAGCGCUUGAAAGACAGGGGCAUCAAGACAGAAGGAAAAGAAAAGAAGAAAAAACUAGCAAUGGAGACUUCACCUCCGGCAAGCUCCAACAAUGUGACCGUCGCGUAUACCGAUCCCUCCGGGCUAUUCCCGCUUGUGCAGCCGAUCAUCGAGCGCAAGCUACCCCUGCGAAACCUGCAUUGGAAGUCGCCGAGCCGGCCGGCACGGUCCAUCGAGUCGCUGCAUAUCGGGUUUGUGCCGGAGAAGCAUGAGGCGGAAGUGGCAUCGUCCAGCGAUUUGACGGCGGCGACAGCCGUGCCUCACCGACGGCACCAGAUCCCCGGGUUGCGGCAGACGCCGUAUCUGAAGAUCUAUCUACUGCGGUGCGAUGACAACGACACCUACAAGGCGAGCGCGAGGAAGGCGCUGCGCGAAUGGAUCAAGGCGCACGGGUCGACGCCGCUGUCGAGCACGCCGGGCAGCAGUAGCCAGGAGAAGCACGAUGCGUUCGAGUGGCUGAUCAUCCAUGUGGUGUCGGAGGCUGAGGGCGCGGGGAAAGCGGCGACAACGGCCUCGAAAUGGGGCCGCACGGCCACCACGGUGCUGGAGAAGGUCAAGGCCGACUUCAAUGGGUCGUCCAAGUCGGCCGUCGACCGCGUCGUCCAGCUGCGACUGCCCCAGCAGGCAGGGGGAGGGGUUCCAGCACCGGUGCUGCAGCAGCAGGCUGCGGACUUGGCGGAACAGCUGGAGGAUUUGGUCGAGAAGGUGCAGAACGGGAUCCUCGCCUCGUUCGACCUGCGGGUCGCUCAGUACGAAGAGGAUAUCAAGGAGAAGGAUUCGCAGCGGAGUCUGCCCGGGUGGAACUUUUGCACAUUCUUCAUCUUGAAAGAGGGUCUGGCACGUGGGUUUGAGAACGUGGGUCUGUUUGAAGACGCCCUCGCGGGCUAUGACGAGCUGUCUCUGGGUUUGGAUAUUGCCAUCCGCGAACAACUGCAGGCGCCAGGCGAUCAGCUUGGAAGCGCGCUGUUGGCCAGCACUCCGGAAUGGAAGGACACGGCAAUGAAGGCGCUGGAACAGUCAUCAUCGGCCAAUCUUCAGAAGAAGAAAGAUGGAGGUAGUGAUGACAAUGAUAAUGACGAUGACGAUGAUGACGACGACAACAACAACAACGACAACAACGAAGAGUUUAUUCCAACCUUGGACAUCGAAGAAAAGGAUUUCCCUCUCGAUUCCACUAGGAAGCCGUAUCGCGAGAUGAUCCUGGCGAACAAUAUUUCGAUUUUCGAUUUCCGAACCUACGUCUUCUCCCGGCAAUUGACUCUACUACUUCGGGCAGCCAGGGCCCCCUGGUUGAUUGGGAAAGAGGCUGCAAGCAACCAAAGACCGGUUAACAAAAGCAAGAAGCCGGAAGACCUAUUGCUUCUCGCAGAGAUCUGUGAUCGCAGCACAGAGUUUAUCGCCAUGGCUGCGCGCAUCCUGAGAUAUGACUUGACGCGUGGUUUGUCCGAUGUCGAUCACGUUGUCAAGGCAGACGUGAUCGGUAACAUCGUCUCCUCGUGGGCCUAUGCUGCGGUAUGCCAGAUCCUCCGGCAGAUCUUCACCAAUAGUCUCACCAUUCCCGAGUCUUCUCUCCAUCCUGGGGGUCCGUCGAGUACACCUGGGACAGCAGCUGGUGGUGGGCCUGAAGCGGCCCGGUCAAAUGUGCCCCGGAGAUCCAGCUCGUUGCUCACACCGUCUGCGACGCGUUCCAAUCGGUCCGCCAGCCUGGAUGUCCACCCGGCAGAGGCGGCUCCUGCGGGCCAUCAAUUGAGACGUCAGACUCUAGACACGCAAAAGCAGCCGCCAAAGAUCACUCCAAAGACAGGGUCUGAACAGCUGGCUUCCGGUAGGGGCGAAUUGCUUUCUUUCGCUCGGCGCGUCCUCGAAGAGAUUGCUGGUCGCCUGGGCUGGUCGGAAAGAUGGAAUAAUCUUGACCUCCUGUUCAAUCAAAAUCGAGCGGGCAGCGGAGACUUUAAAGAAGUAUCACUAGAUGAUGGCGAUGGUGAUGAAAGCCCUCGAGCAGAGGGUGAAGCUGCCAAAAAGAUUGGCUCAGAGUCGACAUCCACUCUUUCUGGCGUUGACUUUUCGAUCUUGAACACCUCCCUGAGGAGUAGGAGAACCUUUCGCUCGCUCUACGAGGAGCUUACAGAUCAGAUGCACAGGCAUUACAUCGUGGGAAACCGCACAUAUUCAGGGGAGAUGGCCCUCGCCGAUAUUGCACUGCUACGGUUCCGACAGGCCGAUUACGCCGCUGCUGCUUCGUACUUCCACCAGCUUGCUCCCUUUUAUGGGAACAAACAUUGGGUGGUUCUUGAAGGAACCAUGCUGGAGAUGUAUGCUCAGUGUCUGAAGGAACUCAACCGAACCGAAGAGUACGCGCGGUCAAUACUCCGUUUGUUGGCCAAAUAUGCCGCGUAUUCACAAUCUCGCCUGUCAGAGAGACAGAAGACCCUCGAGGCCUCCUCCAUCUUCACGGAGGAGUCGCCAGUCGCCUCAUAUGUACAAGAGUUAUUCGAUACGUCCGGUGUUCUUCAACGGGACGUCUCUGCGCCUUUGACGGAUUUUUUUGCGGAUCUGCAAUUCAGUCCAGCAAUUAUCCACCAUGAAGAUCGGGACGGGUUUCAAAUCGAGAUGUCUUUGCGAUUUUUGCUGGGGAAACAGAUCGACGUCGACUCCAUCAAAGUUCGCCUUGUCAACGCGGUGGGCUCGCAGAAUGAACACUGGAUCGAGAAGUCAAGCAAAUUCACCGUCAAGUCAUCAUUGACAAAGAUUCUAAUCAACUCCUCUACAACAUUACAAGGCAAGUAUUUUGUGGAUCGAGUUGAUAUGAGGACUGGCAACCUUGUGUUUUCCCUGGUUGGCAAGAACAAUUCCACAUUUCCCUUCUCCAAGGACGCCGGGGGCGCCGAGGAAGAGGAGAACCGGCCACAUAUCUACUGUUAUUCACCAACCGAGGGACUACAUGCGAAAAUCAUGUCUCCGCACCAUGUCAACCUGGAACAAAUGCGGACUUUGGAGGUUGAGCUUUACAGCGGGUGGAAUGAUAUCAAAACGGGCACCAUUCGAGUGCGGCCAGCCACGGCUGGUCUUCGACUGCGAGUCGCCGAGGCGGAAGUCGUGGAGGGGAUCAUCAACAUUGAUGCGCAGAACGAAACCAGCACCAUCGCGUUCAAUCGGUUCGGACCACGGUCGUCUGCCCGGUUCCGAAUCCCUUACACCCUGGAAGAGAAUCACGCCAUGCUUUCCGCGAGAGUCGAGGUGGGAUACGAGACGGAGCAUGGGAAAUUUUCCUACUCCUCCGCCUUCAACAUUGUUUCGGCCCUCCCCAUCAGUGUCAACGUGCAGGAUAUCUUCAAGCACGAUGCUCUCUUCUCCCGAUUCACCGUCGGUCCUGCCAUGCUGAUCCCGCUCCGGAUUCUAGAGUGUAAUAUCCCCAGUUCGGACGUGUAUGAGGUGGAACCUAGCAUGACCGGUCCGGUGGCGUACAGCGUGUUCCCCAAGCAGCCUGCUUCCCUCCUCUACAAGAUCCGCCAGCGCACUGACAGCGUGCCAUCGCCCGGGUCGCGGCGCUCCCUGCGACUGAGCGUGGACUUUACUUGCGUGGACGACGAAUGUCUGGACGUGGUAGAGAAGAAGUUCAAGGCGGACAUCGAGAGCAGCCCGUUCCGCCAAUACUCGAGACUCCUGGUUUCCCACGUCGUGGAGAUGUUCCGCAUGCAAUUGACCACCUCUGACAUGCAGAUGAUCGGACUCGUGCGAGAGAUCGAGAUGCUGUCGUAUGAGACGAUCCACUGGGAGAGCCUAUUGGGUUCAUUGAAGGGGGGUACCAACAACCUCCGCGACUGGCUCGUGAAUUGGCACCAGGCCCAUCCCACCCUUCAGCUCCCCGAUCAUCCUACCAUUCUCAGUCGACGUAUCGUCAUCCCUGUCGACAUCCCUGACGUGCAGGUGGUACACACCGCCGAACUUCGACUGCUCAACCUAUCUGACGAGCCGGCGCAUGCAGCGGUUGGUCAGAUGGUGGCCGCAGAGCUGCGGCUACGUCAUACGCGGCGAUGGUGUUACGCCGACAAUCUGGAGGCUGCAGGGGCGGCGCUCGAGUUCUCAUUUGAGAUGCACGCCAACCCGGAAGUGUGGCUCGUCGGCGGGCGGCGACGGGGCAACUUCACGGCGCAGGAAGGCGAGACGACAACCUUCUCGCUGAUCUUAUUGCCGCAGAAGGCAGGCCAUCUCCUCCUGCCUGGCGUGGAGAUCAAGACGUUUGUACCGACUGGGGGGGCGGCCACGAGCACCUCCUCCUCCUCCUCCUCCUCCUCCUCUUCAGCAGCAGCUGGAACUCUCUUGCAACGCAAACCUGUUCCAUGCGAGGUCGACUACCGUAACCACGGGGAGACGGUGCUGGUGCUGCCGGAUCUGAAGAAGACGACCGUCACGCUCUGCGCGUCGAGCGGCACUAAUCCGGGGGGAGGGUCGUGGCUUAUUGACUCGGAGCGGAGAUGAUAGUUGACUACAUAUUCUGUACUGAUAUAAUAAUAGAUAUUGACCCUAUACUCCUUCCUACUCUACUCUACUCAUAUGUAGUAUACUCAUGCACUACUCUAC